AUGCACAUUGAAAAGAAUGUGUGUGACAACAUUGUUCACACACUUUUGGGCAUUGACCGGAAAACUAAAGACAACUACAACUCUCGUCUAGACCUUGAGGAGCUUGGACUUAGAGAGGCUCUCCAUCCUGUUCCUAUAGGAGAAGAUUUAUUCGAUUUGCCUUCUGCCCCAUACACAUUGAGCCCUGAGUUGAAGAGGUUGUUUUGCCUAAUUCUGAAAGGAGUCAGGUUUCCGGCUGGUUAUGCGUCUGAUAUUAGGAAGAAUGUCCAUGUAAAGGAGAAGAAGAUUGUUGGGCUAAAGAGCCAUGACAAUCACAUUCUACUGCAGUACCUUCUACCGCUAGCUGUGAGAAAAACGUUGCCAGAGGGAGUCAGUGCUGCUAUUAUUCGUGUGAGUAGGCCUACCCAAUGCAGUGGUGUGGCGCUGGUUUCAAAGUUGUCAUCAUCCUCCACUGGAAAUAGGAUAUUCUAUGGCGUCAUUAGAGAAAUCAUUGAGCUAGACUACAAUCGAAAAGGGAAUAUAGUGCUCUUCAAGUGUGAUUGGUUUGACAACCGUGUGCAAGAUAAGUGGGUAAAAGUUGAUAAUCUUGGUAUCACGGAUGUGAACCUUAAGCAUGUGAUCCAAACAGGAAAAAGAAUGGCAAGCGAGCGAGAAACUGACUUGUCCAGUCCACUAGAAGAUGUGCAAAGAGCAGAGAUCCGGAAAAACAAUGAAAGGCUGCAGUCUCUUGGGAUUCGUUCACUUGUUCGCGAGGUCGAUGCAUUUAAGCGAGUGCCCCUUCCAACCACAAGGAAAAAGAGAAUAUAUCAGGAAACCAUUCCACAGUCAAGUAGAGUGUUGCGGUCUCAUUCUGCUAUGCAUGAUGGUGAGGAUAGUGAAGAGAUGGCUGAUGAUCAAGUAGAAGAGGAUGAAGAUGAUGGACAAGAGGGUGAGGAAAAGAAAAAGGGUGGGCGGAAGCGCACUAGAAUGCACCAUGUCUAUGAUAGACUAAAUCAGCCACCCCAGCGAGUGCACUAUAAUGCUAAAGGACAACCAGAUGGCAAGAAUGCUUCGGAGUUUUCGAAUUUCAUUGCAACACUUGUCAAGAGUCAUAUACCUAUUGCACAUGAUGACUGGAGACAAGUUGCUGUUUCUUGGAAGCUAGAGUUCAUGAAAACCUUGAGGAAAUUCUAUGUUGUCGAUGAUGAGCUCAAGGACUGGGUUUGGGGAACUGCCCACAAGAAAUGGAGAGAUUUCAAGUCAGAUUUGAAAGAGAAGCAUUUCAAAGAAGAAAAAACCGAGGAAGAACUACUUGCUUGCAGGGAUGAUAGGGUAACAAUUGAGGAUUGGCAGUGGCUCGUCACACGCUGGAGAAGCGAAGAGUUUAAGAAACGUAGUGACCAAGGAAAAAGGAAUCGAUCAAGGCAGAAGGUGAUGCAUACAGCUGGAAGUAAGAGUUAUGCCCGUAUUGCGUCUGAAAUGCACAAGGAAAAUGGAUACGCCCCUCGUAGAGAUGAAUUGUUCCUGAGAACACACUCAAAAAGGAAAGAUGGAACCCCUAUUGAUAAAGACACUGCCAAAAUAAUUUCAGACAUAGAGGAAGCAAUUGAAACUAAUCCAGAACUGCUAGAGAAAACAAUUGAGCAAGGUGACGUUUUGGCACAUGUAUUGGGGAAAGAGAAAAAUGGGUAUGUUCGGUGCGUAGGAAUGGGCCCAAGUCCUGGAAGGCUUGGAAUUCCAGGAGGGCAGAAGCUUAAAUCUACGAAGCUGCAAAUGGCAGAGGAAGAGACCAAGGAGGCAUGGCGGGCUAAUGAUGUUCUAAAGGAGCAUGUAGAAGAAAUUCGAGAAGAAACCAAAUCCAAGAUUGAUGGCCUUAUGGAAGAAAUUGACCUACUCAAGUGGAUGAUGGCGCAAACAAUUGCUGCAAACAAUAAGACGAAGAGUAUUGAAAGAGAACCUGAAGACCCUGAAGGUAGUGUUGGUGAAUCCUAUGCUAUUGAAGAUCACUAUGAACUCGAUGAUGAGGAAGAAAGAGUCCAGCAAGAGAUGAGGAAAGCGAAGGAAUAUUUUGAGAAGAAGCAAGAAGAAGUUCAGCUCUUGCAGAAGAAGAAGAAGGAAGCAGAGCUCUUGCAGAAAAAGAAGGAAGCAGAGCUCCUGCAGAAAAAGAAGAAGGAAGCAGAGGUCUUGCAGAUGAAAGGCGUCGCUUUGAACCAAAACAAAGAAGAUGCACUUGCUCGGAGAAUGAAGGAUGCUGAAGGACACCAGAAGAACCAAGAAACCUUGCAGAAGAAGGAUGCUGAGACACGCAAAAAACCACAGAAGGAAGCAGCAGUUACACAAAGAAAUCAUCAGCAAGGGAAAGAAGUCAUACUGUACAAUGUUUUUCGUGACCACACUACCCCUGUGGCAAAAGCCACCAUUCUAUCAACUGACCGAAAGAAGAUGGUAGGGGGUAGGGAACUGGGUCUUGAAUGCUGUGAAGUUGUCAUCGAUUACAUAAUCAAAAGGGAUGCUCUACUACCUCGUCCUAUUGGCAAUAUCACUACCAUGGGACAAGCUCAAGGGCGAUCUAUUGCCUGGCUCUACAAGCAUAUGGAGGAACAGAAGAAGUCCACGGAUAAGCCUACCUCAGCUCCCGUUCAAGAACAGGUCAACAGGAAUGCAGACUAGUUCGUACCAUGCAAGGCGCGCCGUGAUGACACUGGUGGUUGGAUGAGAUCUCUUUUUGUUUUCCACCUGAAGUGUCUUGAAAUAAUUAUGAAUGUUGCACUGCUAGUGGGCUGAUGUAUUAGUCGCAAUAUAACUGGCAUAUGUAUGCAAUGUCGAGUCAGACUUCGAAUCUCUAUAUGUAUGAUCAGACUAUGAAUCUAUCUAUGUGAUCAGACUAUUCUGAAUGA